AUGGCUGCUUCAUCUGAAACUCCUUCUGUUGCUAAACAAACCGCUUCCACAGUCAUGUUGAACAUCAAACCAAACCAGAAUUUGGCUCUGGAUCUCGAUUCUUCCAAGUAUGUUGAUUCUCUCAAUUCAAUGGUCGAACGCCUACGUUACUCUCCAUUGGCUCAAGCACUAACAAUGGCUGAGAGUGUACCUUUGGUUCAUCUGUCCAAGGCAUUCUCCACUACAAACUACAAACAAAGUGAAGUUAUGAUUACUUUUGAGAUCGAUUCUCACAAAACCUCUAUCUCUAAAUCCCGAUUUUGCAGGUUGCUAGGGUUUACUGCUACAGAUGAUCUCGUCAACCCUGAAACGAUUUCUUCAUCAGCGAUUAUCGAGAUGUUCUGUCACACCCCCAAACCGGAAUGGCGGAAACGUUCGGGGGUGGAUGACUUCAUGUGUAGUAUCACAACCAUUGCAUCAUAG